GUCCGCGUUAAACGGGUUUCCGCCAUGUUCGGCUGUGUGUACAGAUGCACCUGUACAGAGGUGAGGUGAAUGAUGUCACUGUCUAUGGGGGAAGGGAGAGAGCUAUCCGAAAGUACGGCCUGUCGGGACAUGUACGUUUACACCUGCAAACUGAGUGAAACAAGUGCAAGUAUUUAACGUUAUACAAUAUGUUACCAUUGGAUGAGUCAUUCGAGACACAGACAAAUCGACGUGGGUGAUAUUUGGGUGAAAAUACCGAACUUUGUGCGCGUUAAACCAUGGAGAGGACGCUGGCAGUGGCGCUGUACUGCUACCUUUUUUCUACAGAAGUGCUUGCUAUCCAGGUGACGGUCCCCCAGACAGAACGGAGCACCACUCUGUUUGCCUCAGUCAUCUUACGCUGUGACUAUUCUACUUCUGUUAACCAACAAGAUGUGCUGGUUACAUGGCGCUACAAGUCGUUCUGCUUGGACCCUGUUUUACAAUAUUACUCAGCAGCAUACCAGGCUGGUCUGAGUUUGGGCCAAGAUCCGGCCAAUGACUGUCCUGAUCGCCAACGCACCAUCCGCACAGUUAUUCAGAAGAAAGGAACCAAUGAACCCAUACUGGGGACAGAAUACCGUGAACGCAAGAUCACCAUCCAAAACAAAGCUGAUCUGGUCAUCACUGAGGUCAUGUGGUGGGAUAAUGGUGUGUAUUUCUGCUCCGUCGAUGCAGCUGGGGAUACCGUUGGAGACUCUGAUCGAGAAAUCAAACUUAUUGUGUACAACUGGCUGACUGUGCUGCUGAUCAUUCUUGGAGCAUUGCUUCUGAUCACACUUUUCUGCAUCUGCUGCUGUCAGUGCUGCCCUCAGAACUGCUGCUGCUAUGUUCGCUGUCCAUGCUGUCCAGAAACAUGCUGCUGCCCAGAGAAAGUGGUGAUGCAACACAGGAUGAUGCGUGAGGCACAGAAAGCCAUGGCACCCUGGCUCCAUGGCCAACCGAUUUAUGCCCCAAUUGGGUCUAAUGGAUCAUCUCAGGCAAACCCUCUGCUCUACUCAGGUUCCUUCUCAGAACAUUCUUCUAAACACAACAUUCCAAUGGCACCAAUGGUCGUUUCCCCCCAGCAAUCUGGCCCACCUAUGGUAUUCCCGCAUAGUGUCCAAGCCAAUGGGAGUGUACAUGGUAGUAACCAUAGCAAUAGUCAGAUGCUAGACUUCCUGGAGCGUCAGGUGAGACGGAUGGAUGUGGGAGCCCCACAUCCAACUCAGUAUGUACCAACCCAUCUUCAAACCCUACCUCCUCAGCAAGUAGCCCUUCAGCCUCAACCUUUGCAGAAUGUACAGCCCAUGCAGCCAUUAACACAAGCUGUACCUUUCUCCCCCGGUCCUCCUAGUAUGCUUUCAGCUUUGAAUGAAUUUGGUGUGCAUGGGGUAGAGCGCAGGGUCAUCCAGUUGCCCCCUAUCGUAGGUCGGGCACCGAGCCUGAAUUCUCGCAGAGGCCCAAGAGAGAAUCGCAGGGUACCCCGAAACUCCAGUCAAUCAAGUGGCAGCUCAAACCACACAGGUCAUAACCAUGACAAUUCCAGGUAUCCCGGGUCAUCACGGCGUGGAAUCCUACGCAGCACCAGCGAUGAGUCUGACUGGAAUGACAGGCGAUUAGGCCGAGGGUCACGAGAACACAGGGGAGACAAUGGCACACAAAGGUCUGGCCCACGUAUUCGCAGCAAAGCUGAGCUAAUAAAGGAACUGCAAUGGGCAGCACCUCAACAAGAUGAGAGCUACUCUCCUACACCUCAGGAUGGCUAUAGGAGCUCAGAGGAGGAGGAGGAUAGUUACAGAGGCGUAUCAAGAUCGCGAGACAGAGCUUGGUCUGAGAAACCACCUAGUUACUCUUCCAUUGAAAUCAAACCAGGUCAAGGCAAGAGGACUAGUGAACACAACUCGGACAAGAGCUCUCGCAGUGCUGUCAGCGUUGUUAUCUGAAGCCUCUUCCUGCUCUCUACUGUAUUUCCACAGUGAGUGUUAUCGUGACAGGUUCUGUAAUAUAGAGUGUUGAAGUAUCAUUCAGAAGAUCAAUCUGAAAUCAUAUACAAAUAAACAUGACUAGGCCAGUUAUACUGGAAGAGUAGAAUGUAAUUUUAAAAAAGAAAAAAUGUUAAUGAUUCUGUUUUUAUGAUUCUAUUUGUGCUCUGUAAUUCCACAUUUUUUUACACUUCACUGUGCACUAAAGCUUUUUUUUAUUGUUUUAGUAAUUGUAAUUUUACUCUUUGAUUUCAUUUCACAAUUUCUAUGUCUGUAUUAUUUGAAUCCAUUUUUUUGUUAUGCAGCAGGGUUUGUCUCACUCUUGGUGCUGUUACACACAAUUUGUUGGAAUUACUUUACUCUGUGAGUAGCCUCGCAAUCUACAUGCUCUAAAUCCUUAUCCUCACAGAAACCUAACCUAGUUAAUUUUAAUGUUUUUAAAAUGUUUAUAAUGUUUUUAAACCUACAGUUAACUGUAAAUACAUUUUUACAUUUGUAAAUGCAUUUUUAUUACGUUAUUGGGGUUAAAAAAAGGAAUAAAUCUAAGCAUGUUGGAAUUUAUAAAGAAGUGUUGGUUCCUGUGAGAUUUGAGGUUUGUGUUGCAUAUGAAGGAAGUGUGUGUGUGUGUGUGUGUGUGUGUGUGUGUGUGUGUGUGUGUGUGUGUGUGUGUGUGUGUGUGUGUGUGUGUGUGUGUGUGUGUGCAGCUUUUGGAAGAUCUCACUGUCUUCCCAGAAGUUUUGAGAUUGAAUCAUUUGGAAUGUGUCGAAUCAAAAUGACAUUGGAAGUGAUUUAGGGCUGCACUAGCUUAUUAUUAACAAAAUCAAGAAUAAUAACCAGUAAUUUAUUGAUUAUUUGAUGCUACAAGAGCUAAAAUGUGAAUUAAUUGAGAGAUUUGAAAGUUGUAACUUAUGUAACAAACAACUAUAGUUUAUAUCUUGUUUGUUUACAGCUGAAAUGAUACUCAGAUAAGAGACAUUGGAAGUUUAAUUUUAAGAUUUUACUUCUUUGGAAGAAAAUAUGAAUUAUAACUUGAACUGAACUCUGCAUGGAUAAUUUACAAUAGUUAUUUUGUGUACACUAAUUGUACAAGACUUGUGUACUUAUUUUGUUUCAUAAAAAAAAGUUCUGGAUUUUAUUUUUGUCUUCAAAGAUAUUUUUUUCAAUUGUCUGUAAUCGCAUAUAAAUAAAUAAAUAAUUUUCAUGUGA